UCUCCAUCCGCAGGAGCAAACUUUUCCCGUCCCGCGGCUGGAAAAUGGCGGCUUAGGAGCAGAGUCCCCGCAUCCCAUCCCGGUUCAGCGGCUGCCGUCGCGGCUCCCCAGCGCCUGACUGGCUGAGAGCCUCCCCCAGCGCCAUGACUCGCUGGGUGCCCACCAAGAGGGAGGAGAAAUACGGCGUGGCUUUCUAUAAUUAUGAUGCAAGGGGAGCAGAUGAACUUUCCUUACAAAUAGGUGACACCGUACAUAUAUUAGAAACAUAUGAAGGCUGGUACAGAGGUUACACAUUAAGAAAAAAAUCUAAAAAGGGCAUAUUUCCUGCUUCCUAUAUUCAGCUUAAAGAAGCAAUAGUUGAAGGAAAAGGACAGCAUGAAACAGUCAUACCCAGUGAGCUCCCACUGAUUCAGGAAGUUACCACAACACUACGAGAGUGGUCCAUAAUAUGGCGGCAGCUAUAUGUGCAAGAUAACAGAGAUAUGUUCCACAGUGUACGACAUAUGAUAUAUGAUCUUAUUGAAUGGAGAUCACAGAUACUUUCUGGAACUCUACCCCAAGAUGAGCUCAAGGAAAUGAAAAAGAAAGUGACUGCCAAAAUAGAUUAUGGAAACAGGAUUCUCGAUUUGGAUCUGGUUGUAAGGGAUGAAGAUGGCAACAUUUUAGAUCCAGAACAAACCAGCACAAUCAGCCUUUUCAGAGCUCAUGAAAUAGCUUCCAAGCAAGUUGAGGAAAGACUACUAGAAGAAAAGUCUCAAAAGCAGAACAUUGAUAUUAACAGACAAGCCAAAUUUGCUGCCACACCUUCAUUUGCUUUAUUUGUAAAUUUGAAAAAUGUAGUCUGCAAAAUAGGAGAAGAUGCUGAAGUCCUGAUGUCUCUGUACGACCCACUAGAAUCAAAGUUUAUCAGUGAAAACUAUCUAGUUCGAUGGUCAAGUUCUGGGCUGCCUAAAGACAUAGACAGAUUACAUAAUCUUCGAGCUGUGUUCACUGACCUUGGCAGCAAAGACCUGAAAAGAGAGAAAAUCAGUUUUGUCUGUCAGAUUGUAAGAGUAGGCAGAAUGGAACUAAGAGACAACAAUACAAGAAAACUAACCUCUGGGCUAAGACGACCUUUUGGAGUAGCAGUAAUGGAUGUAACUGACAUAAUUACUGGGAAAGUUGAUGAUGAGGACAAACAACACUUUAUACCAUUUCAGCCGCUAGCAUUGGAUGACGCCAUUCGACACAAGCAGCUGAACAUAUCAUCCCGUUUUUCACCCAGGGUGGCAGGGGAGAAUGAUUUCCUUCAGACUGUUAUAAACAAAGUGAUUGCUGCUAAAGAAGUUAACCACAAGGGUCAGGGUUUAUGGGUGACUUUGAAACUUCUUCCAGGAGAUAUUCAUCAGAUUAGGAAAGAGUUUCCUCACUUGGUGGAUAGGUCCACAGCUGUGGCUCGGAAAAUGGGGUUUCCUGAGAUUAUUAUGCCUGGUGAUGUUCGCAAUGAUAUCUAUGUAACAUUAGUUCAAGGAGAUUUUGACAAAGGCAGCAAAACAACAGCAAAGAAUGUAGAAGUUACAAUAUCUGUUUAUGACGAAGAUGGCAAAAGAUUGGAGAGUGUGAUUUUUCCUGGGGCUGGUGAUGACGCUAUCUCGGAAUAUAAAUCAGUGAUCUAUUACCAAGUGAAACAGCCUCGCUGGUUUGAAACUGUCAAGGUGGCAAUUCCUAUUGAAGAUGUGAACCGCAGUCAUUUAAGGUUUACAUUCCGUCACAGAUCAUCACAGGACUCCAAAGAUAAGUCCGAGAAAAUAUUUGCGUUAGCAUUUGUGAAGCUGAUGAGAUACGAUGGAACAACUUUAAGGGAUGGAGAGCAUGAUCUUAUAGUGUACAAGGCAGAAGCAAAGAAGUUGGAGGAUGCCUCAACGUAUUUAAGCUUGCCAUCAACUAAAAUAGAAUUGGAAGAAAAAGGGCACGCCACAACUGGGAAGAGCAUGCAAAGCCUUGGAAGUUGCACCAUCAGCAAAGAUUCUUUCCAGAUUUCUACUCUUGUUUGUUCAACAAAACUCACUCAGAAUGUGGAUCUCUUGGGGCUUUUGAAAUGGCGAUCUAACACAAACUUGCUGCAGCAGAAUUUGAGACAGCUGAUGAAAGUUGAUGGUGGUGAAGUGGUUAAGUUCCUACAAGAUACACUAGAUGCACUUUUUAACAUAAUGAUGGAGAAUUCCGAGAGUGAGACGUUUGACACCCUGGUGUUCGAUGCUUUGGUAUUUAUCAUUGGACUGAUUGCUGACAGAAAAUUUCAGCAUUUUAAUCCUGUCUUGGAAACCUACAUUAAGAAACAUUUCAGUGCUACUUUAGCCUACACAAAGCUGACUAAAGUUUUAAAAAAUUACGUGGAUAAUGCUGAGAAACCUGGUGUAACUGAUCAACUUUUUAAAGCUAUGAAAGCUCUGGAAUACAUCUUCAAAUUUAUAGUACGGUCCAGAAUAUUGUUCAAUCAACUUUAUGAAAACAAAGGAGAAGCAGACUUCAUGGAAUCCUUGCUGCAGCUAUUUAAGUCUAUCAAUGAGAUGAUGAGUAGUGUCUCUGAUCAAACUGUGAUGGUGAAGGGGGCUGCACUUAAAUACUUGCCAACUAUUGUCAAUGAUGUGAAAUUGGUAUUUGAUCCAAAAGAACUUAGCAAGCUGUUUACAGAUUUCAUCCUAAAUGUUCCAAUGGGCCGGCUCACAAUUCAGAAGUUGUACUGUUUGAUCGAAAUAGUUCACAGUGACCUCUUCACGCAACAUGACUGCAGGGAGAUCUUGCUGCCAAUGAUGACAGAUCAGUUGAAGUAUCAUUUGGAAAGGCAGGAAGACUUGGAGGCUUGCUGCCAACUGCUUAGUAACAUCCUGGAAGUCCUUUACAAGAAAGAUGUGGGACCAACACAGCGCCAUGUCCAGAUAAUCAUGGAAAAGCUACUGAGGACAGUCAAUAGAACAGUCAUUUCCAUGGGACGCGAUUCAGAGCUCAUUGGAAACUUCGUUGCAAGCAUGACAGCCAUUUUAAGGCAAAUGGAAGACUAUCAUUAUGCUCAUUUAAUCAAGACUUUUGGAAAGAUGAGGUCAGAUGUUGUGGACUUUCUGAUGGAAACAUUCAUCAUGUUCAAGAAUCUCAUUGGGAAGAAUGUCUAUCCCUUCGACUGGGUUAUAAUGAACAUGAUGCAGAAUAAAGUCUUCCUGCGAGCAAUUAAUCAGUAUGCAGAUAUGCUAAACAAAAAAUUUCUUGACCAAGCCAACUUUGAGUUACAGCUUUGGAACAACUACUUCCACCUGGCUGUUGCUUUUCUUACACAAGAAUCUUUACAACUGGAGAAUUUUUCAAGUGCCAAAAGAGCCAAAAUACUUAACAAGUAUGGUGACAUGAGGAGGCAAAUUGGGUUUGAGAUCAGAGACAUGUGGUAUAACCUAGGUCAACAUAAGAUCAAAUUCAUCCCAGAAAUGGUUGGACCUAUGUUGGAAAUGACACUGAUUCCUGAAACUGAGCUUCGAAAAGCUACAAUCCCAAUAUUCUUUGACAUGAUGCAGUGCGAGUUUCAUUCUACCAGAAGCUUCCAAAUGUUUGAAAACGAGAUCAUCACAAAACUGGAUCAUGAAGUAGAAGGAGGCAGAGGAGAUGAACAGUACAAAGUGUUGUUUGACAAAAUUCUCUUGGAGCACUGCAGAAAACACAAAUAUCUUGCUAAAAAUGGAGAAACUUUUGUCAGACUUGUUGUCCGUCUCAUGGAAAGACUGCUGGAUUACAGAACUAUAAUGCAUGAUGAAAAUAAAGAAAAUCGCAUGAGCUGCACUGUCAAUGUACUGAAUUUCUACAAAGAAAUUGAAAGAGAAGAAAUGUACAUAAGGUAUUUGUACAAGCUAUGUGACCUGCACAAAGAGUGUGAUAACUACACUGAAGCUGCCUACACAUUACUUCUGCAUGCAAAGCUUCUUAAGUGGUCAGAAGAGGCAUGUGCAGCACAUCUUACUCAGCGAGAUGGAUACCAAGCAACUACUCAAGGACAACUUAAAGAUCAGCUGUAUCAAGAAAUUAUCCAUUACUUUGACAAGGGCAAGAUGUGGGAAGAGGCCAUUGCCUUGGGCAAAGAACUGGCAGAACAGUAUGAAAAUGAAAUGUUUGAUUAUGAACAACUCAGUGAACUGCUGAAAAAGCAAGCACAGUUCUAUGAAAACAUCGUGAAAGUGAUAAGACCUAAACCAGAUUACUUUGCUGUUGGAUACUAUGGCCAAGGAUUCCCUACAUUUCUACGGAACAAAGUGUUCAUUUACCGGGGGAAGGAAUAUGAACGUCGUGAAGACUUUGAAGCAAGGUUAUUAACCCAAUUUCCAAAUGCCGAAAAAAUGAAGACAACAUCUCCACCAGGCGAUGAUAUUAAAAACUCCCCUGGUCAGUAUAUUCAGUGUUUUACUGUAAAACCAAAACUUGAUUUACCACCCAAAUUUCACAAGCCGGUAUCAGAGCAAAUUGUAAGUUUCUAUAGGGUGAAUGAGGUCCAACGAUUUGAGUAUUCACGGCCUGUCCGAAAAGGAGAGAAAAACCCAGAUAAUGAAUUUGCGAAUAUGUGGAUUGAGAGAACCAUCUAUGUGACAGCAUAUAAAUUACCAGGGAUUUUAAGAUGGUUUGAAGUCAAAUCAGUUUUCAUGGUUGAAAUCAGUCCACUGGAAAAUGCAAUAGAAACUAUGCAGUUAACAAAUGAUAAGAUCAAUAAUAUGAUUCAACAACAUUUGAAUGAUGCAGAUCUACCUAUUAACCCCCUCUCUAUGCUACUUAAUGGCAUUGUGGAUCCUGCAGUCAUGGGAGGAUUCACGAACUAUGAAAAGGCUUUUUUUACUGAAAAAUACAUGCAUGAGCAUCCAGAAGAUCACGAAAAGAUAGAAAAACUAAAGGACCUCAUAGCAUGGCAGAUUCCAUUCCUGGCAGAAGGUAUCCGAAUUCAUGGAGAGAAAGUAACUGAAGCGCUAAGGCCAUUUCAUGAGAGAAUGGAGGCCUGUUUUAAGCAGCUUAAAGAAAAAGUGGAAAAGCAAUACGGUAUCAGAACAAUUCCCUCAAGUUUGGAUGACAGACGAGGCAGUCGGCCAAGGUCUAUGGUUCGAUCAUUCACAAUGCCUUCAUCUUCAAGACCUUUAUCUGUUGCAUCAGUAUCAUCUGUCUCGUCAGAUAGUACCCCUUCCAGACCUGGCUCUGAUGGGUUUGUGCUUGAACCUCUUCUGCCAAAAAAGAUGCAUUCUAGGUCUCAAGAUAAAUUGGACAAGGAUGACCUAGAUAAGAAGGAAAAGAAGAAGGAAAAAAGGAACAGCAAACACCAGGAGAUAUUUGAUAAAGAGUUGAAAUCUACCGAUAUUUCUCUGCAACAGUCUGAAGCAGUGAUCCUUUCAGAAACGAUCAGUCCACUGAGACCACAAAGACCAAAGAGCCAAGUUAUCAAUGUCAUUGCAAGUGAAAGACGUUUUUCUGUCUCUCCAUCAUCUCCAGCUUCUCAGUCAACACCACCUCCAAUCACUCCAAGGACCAAACUUCCUUUCAAUUUACCGUCCAAUCUGGACCUGAAUGGGGUGUCUAGUUUGGAAAUGGCAGACAUUCCUCCUCCUUUGCCUCUCAAAGGUAGCAUUGCAGAUUAUGGAAAUCUCAUGGAAAAUCAAGAAUUGAUUAGCCCUACAACACCCCCCGCUGCACAUCAAAGGCACCUGCCACCUCCAUUACCCAGCAAAACUCCACCACCGCCUCCUCCAAAGACUACUCGAAAGCAAACAUCUGUUGACUCUGGGAUUGUCCAGUGAACAAGAAAGCAUUUCUCCAAAGAAAAAGCUGUAAUAUUUCAUUUCCCUAAAUAUUUUAAGGUAUAUAACGGUUACCUCAUUCACGCCUGUAGUGUCUAAUGUUUAGUGAAAUGAUUCUAACUCUGAAUGGAACUCAUUUGUAACAGUAAAUUAGUUUUCUAAACAGAUCAUGCCACUGGAAUAAAGCUGUCACAGGAUAAUGGUGACCAAUUGUUUGGGAGGAGCUUGCGACCUAUUUUCAAAGCAAGGGGGCAUUUGUCAACUGACAAUACACUAUUCCCUAUUCCAGAACAUUUUGCUUUGUCAUACCAAACUACUUAACAGAAAACAGAAAUGGAUACUGGUGUGUAAAAAUGACAGUUGGGCAUUAUGGGCCUGAUGCCAACGCCUAUGGAAGUCCGUGAGACAGGGCCGGCUCCAGGCACCAGCUUUCCAAGCAGGUGCUUGGGGCGGCAUUCAGAAUGGGGCGGUCGUCUGUGUCCCGCGGCGGCAAUUCGGCGGCAGCGGCAAUUCGGCAGCGACUGCUUGGGGCAGCAAAAUUGGUAGAGCCGCCCCUGCCGUGAGAAUACUCACAUGGAUUUCAGUGGGCAUUGUAUUGGGCCUAAUAACAAUACUAAGAAGCAGCAUUAUGAUGGCUUCAAAUAACAAACGUGUUCAGCGCAUCACACAUUCAGAAACCUGAUUUUCCGGUAGCCUUUUUAAUUGCUCUGUGUUAUAAAUAAGCUGAUUUCUGAUGAUUUCUGAUUUCUUUUUUAAAACUUUCAUUAUUGGUUAGCUGCUCCUCCUUCUGUCUGAUACCAUUUUAAACUAAGAUAACUUUAGCUACUGAACAGGCACUAAUUUAUAGGAAAAGAAACCAAGUAUAUGAAUAUGGGACCUGAUGUGAUUCUACAACUAAACAGUUGAACAUAAGAACGGGAAGAGCUUUUUUUUUUUAAUGUGUAAUAUUUUAGGUGGAUUAGGACAAAUUGAAUGUUAUCUUUUUGUCCUUGUGUCAUCACUUUGUACAGAAGUUUGUAUAUAUGACGGUUCUUAGAAUGUUUUUAAUUUUUGCUGCCUGCUUUUCAUAUAAUAAUGAUUUAAUGUAUCUGCAAAUGAUUCCUUAUAUGUUUUUAAUUUUAACUGCUGGAAGUGUAUAAAUCGCUAACUUUUUAUUUUUUUCAAAAAUUGGCAUCUGAAAAUAUUGGACAAUGAUAAGGGAAAAGAAAAGGAAAGUCACUUUUUUUUUUAAUUCUUCUGUGGUUUUUAUUGCCCUCAAACUAUAUAUUUUUUACUAUAUACAAUCUUUAUAAUCUUAUAGUGGAUUGUUUUAAAUACAUCACUGACUCAAAAAAUUAAGGAUUAUUUUUUAAAAAAAGGUUUGUCAAAGAAAAUAAAUGUAUUUACUUGA